CACAAGGUCAAAUUCGCCUUAGACCCCACCCCCAGCGCGGGGCAGGAGCGGUCACCCUACUCCGCAGUCCUCUGACCUGGAAGCGACCCAGCGUCCAGACCUGACACGGUGUCUAUUUGAUCUUUGAGAGCAGGCAACAACCCUGCUUCGGCCUUGCCAUCCCCCGAGAUUCACCCGGUGCUGCCGCAGAGCCCCGUGAGGCUCAGGGCACCGUAUUUGUGGCCUUAUCCUGAAUUCAAUCUUUCAAUCAACAGUUUCUAAGAUGGUAUUCCAACAUUUAAGUGACUGCUUACUUUUUCUGUGUCUGACUUUUCCUCUAAAAUGAGUUCUGGAGAGCCAACACUGUAUCUUCCACAUCUCUGUCCUCAGUACUGAGCACCAUGGCACGUGCAAGAGGCAGGGUGGCCACUGCAGGGAACGUCGAUGUGCCUGACAAGAUGAAGAACCGAAUACCUGUGGUGCUUCUGGCCUGUGGCUCCUUCAACCCCAUCACCAAUAUGCACCUGCGCUUGUUUGAGGUGGCUAGAGAUCAUCUGCACAAAACAGGAAUGUACCAAGUCGUGGAGGGCAUCAUCUCACCCGUCAAUGACAACUAUGGGAAGAAAGACCUGGUACCCUCCCAUCACCGAGUGGCCAUGGUCCGUCUGGCCCUGCAGACGUCUGACUGGAUUCGGGUGGACUCCUGGGAGAGUGAGCAGGUGCAGUGGAUGGAGACGGUGAAGGUGCUCAGGCAUCAUCAGAGCCAACUGCUCAGAUCUGCAGCCCGGAUGGAAGGCCUGGACCCUGACAAGCCACCUUCAGACCUCACAGCUGCACCUGAGCUGAAACUCCUCUGCGGGGCAGACAUCUUGAAGACCUUCCAGACCCCCAACCUCUGGAAAGACUCACACAUCCAGGAAAUAGUGGAGAAGUUUGGCUUGGUGUGCGUGAGCCGGGCAGGGCAUGACCCACAGGGGUACAUCUUGGGUUCACCCAUCCUGUCCAAAUACAGACACAACAUUCACCUGGCCAGGGAGCCAGUGCCAAACGAGAUUAGUGCUACAUAUGUGAGGAGAGCCCUGAGCCAAGGGCAAAGUGUGAAGUACUUGCUUCCUGAUGCUGUCAUUGGCUAUAUCAAGGACCAUGGUCUGUACAUGACAGACAGUUCCCAGAAAGGCAGAAGUACCCAGAGGAAUAAAGGAAAGACAAGCUAGGCAAGCCACUAGUCAACCCCUCUGCCACCCAGCUCCUCCUGGAGUGAGGUUUUAGCUUUGCUUUGUUUUCUGCUUUUCUGGGGGGCUUUCUUUGUCUUAUUACUAUAAUGAUGUUACCUCUGAUGAGUCUUCUACCCCAGGAAGAAUACGUUCUGUCUACACAGCCAGGAAAUAUAUUUAUCAAAGAAGCUGGAAUGGUAUGCCAGAUCAUCAAGAUCAGGCAGCGCUGCUCAGAGCCCCUGCACGAUGAGGCCUCCUUACCUUGUGUCAGUGGUAAUCAUGGCACCAACACUGAAUAUCAUUCUGAGCUCAGUCAGCCCUUGAGGAUAGAACCAGAAUUUCCCACAUGCAUUUUUUUACUGGGUCCACGUGUGGCCUGCUGGUCCUGAUUGGCAGGAUUUGACAGGAUUCUAAUUACUGAACAGUGGGCCUUAUCAACAUCCUUGUUUCAAACAGUAAUGCUGAGGAGUGAAAUGUUUGGAAACGACCCUUAUACCACAUCUCCAUUUACAAACUGUUGUCUGCUUGCCUCCUGGCCUCUCAUGAAAUUCAAACUAAACUCUAAGUAGUGAAUCUCAAAUGAUAUUUUUGAUACAAAUAUUUUUUAACAUUGCUAUACUCUAAACACCAAGUCUCCUGAUUUUCAAGUUUCUAAAAAGAAACUGAAGUAAAACAGAUGCCUAUUUUAGAGAACCUUUUUGAAUGUUUUAUGACUGCCUGCCUGUUUGAAUAUUGGCAAAGGGAUAAAUAAUAAAUCGACAUCAAAACGUACUAAUGAAAA